AUGGCAGUGGAAUAUAGUAGGUUCGGAAUGGGCCAAUUGGCUAAUGAGAUCAUUGUCUUCCAUAUGGGUGCAACUGCACAUGCGGAUGGCAAAUUGCAUAAAACUAGAUUUGGAGGUGAUGGUUGCCGUUUUGGAGGUCGACGAGGUUGUGGUGGCGGCGGAGGGUUUGGUGGUGGUGGUGGAGGAGGAGCUGGUGGUGGUUCAAGUCAGGGUGGGGUAUUUGGAGCUGGGGUGGUGUUGGUGGUGGUGCUGGUGGAGGUGGUGUUGGAGGUGGGUCUAGUCAUGGAGGAGGUUUCAGAGCGGGAGGAGAAUGGAAGGAAUCAUCGUUCUCAGUUGAGGGGGCGAGAACUUCAAGGAGUUACAAUGUCUCUAAGUCUUCCCCGCAUCAACAGGUGUGGGGGGUUUGUCCAAGGGGCUGGAUUUGGCGUAGGAGGAGGCGUGGGAAGUGGAGUUGGGGGAGGAGGAUUUGGAGGAGGAGGAGGUGGUACUGGUGGAGGAUCAGGUCAUGGUGGAGGUUUUGGUGCUGGCAGAGGUGUAGGAGGUGGUGCUGGUCAAGGUGGUGGAGCUGGAAUUGGCGGUGGUGGAGGAUUUGGAAUAGGCAUUGGCAUCGGCAUUGGAGUAGGAGCUGGAGCUGGCCAUGGCUCUGGUAGCGGCUCCGGCAACAGCAGUGGGGGACGGUGA